AUGGGAUCCAUAGAAGAGCCCAAGUCGUUUACUCGAGCCAAAUUGUGGCUGCCUACCACUGGAGCUGCUCCGCCCGACUCCAGCAGUAUCUUCACCCUCCCCGAUCUGGUGGACUUCAACGCCCAGCACAACCCUGACCACGUCUUCUGUUACCAAGCACGCAAGCGUGACGAUGGCUCUGUCCACCUCAUUGAAAUAACACACAAGAAACUGCGGGAACUUGUCCUGUGCUGCCAGUCAUGGCUACGCUCUCGCACCGCGGAGCAUAUCUCAAAGAGCCGGCCGGUCGCUCUCUUCAUGGAAAGUGACGUUGGGCUUUGGAUCCAUAUGCUUGCUCUGCUUGGUCUCGGAGUUCCUGCGCUCCUCUUGUCUGCUCGUCUGAGUCCAAACGCCAUCCGCCAUCUGAUGGAGAAGACGAAUGCAGGCGCUGCCUUGUCAUCCCCUCGCUUGCGUAGCACCGUCGACGAGGCCUUGGCACUUGGAGACAAGCAGGACGCAGAAAGCCUGCCCAAACUGUUCGAGCGCCAGUCGCUUGAGCAGAUGAUCGAGCAAUUGCAUGCUUCCAGUCCAAGCCCAGUCAAGGCUGCCAGCGUCACAUACCCCGGUUUUUAUCGAGGCACACAGGACCGCGAGGUCAUCAUCAUGCACUCUUCUGGCACGACUGGACUGCCUAAGCCAAUAUACCAGCCCCAUGAGUACCUCGUAGGCUUCGCCGCCGCUCACGGAUUUGCGGAAGGCGAGACGCCGCCGUUCAAUCUCUCAACGCUGCCUCUUUAUCAUGCAAGUCAUCUUCGCCCUGAAAGUAGAGCUCUCGCUAACACAUCACAGGGUUUCGGGCUCUGCGCGCCUGGGAUUGCUAUGAGCAUUGGCAUGACUUUGUGCUUGCCGGUCUCGAAUGUAGCGUCUGGAUCCUCUGUGAUUGAGCUCCUGAGAACAACUGGCGCUUCAUCUCUCAUGACGGUCCCAUCUACACUGGAAGACAUCAGUCUGCUUCCAGACAAUUCUGGGGCCAAGGCUCUUCAAAAGAUGCGUUUUGUCGCUUUUGGUGGUGGUCCGCUCAAGAUCUCAGUAGGAGAGAAGCUCGCAUCGAACGGAGUGCCUUUGCUGAACCACUAUGGAGCAACGGAGAUUGGAGCAAUCUGUCCUAUUUUCGACCCGAGGAAAAGCGGCAUCGGCUAUGAUUUCCACUUCUUCCGCAUCAGGACCGAUCACAACAUCGUCAUGGAGACCGUGCCUUCUGCGCCAGGGGAGCAAGCCCUUUACAAGUUGACAGCUCGGCCGUUCGGAUGGGACUCCGUCUUUGAAGUCCAAGAUAAUUUGGUGGCAAGCCCCGAAUACCCAAAGACCGACUUCAAUUCCCUUGGGAGGAACGACGAUCUCAUAGUGCUGGCCACUGGCGAGAAAGUACUGCCGAAUAUCCUGGAGACAGCGGUAUCCGAGUCUGAGCAUUGCAAGGCGGCUAUCGCUAUCGGCCAGAGCCAGUUCCAGAUUGGCCUGCUCGUCGAGCCCAAGGGCGAAGUGUACGAGUGGGACUUUGAGAGUUUCAGAGACGCUCUAUGGCCAGUGGUGGAGAGAGCCAACCAGCUGAUGGAUGCUCAAGGGCGUAUCUCGAGCAAGAAGGCGAUUGCAAUUGUUCCUGCAGGGCAGACUCUACCUCGCACCGACAAGGGCUCCAUUCAGCGAAAAGAAGUGUACCGGGUCUUUGAUGAGCUCAUCAACGAGACUUUCAGAUCUCUCGAAGAGGACGACCUGGACGACGACAGCCUUCCACUGCUGGACACGGACAACCUCGAGAGCGAGAUUAAGUCUAUGAUCCAAGAACGCCUGACAUGGAAGGUGCCAGAGGAUCAAUGGACAGCAGAAGAUGACUUGUUCGAUCUUGGCAUGGAUUCGCUCCAAGCUAUCCAGCUUCGCCGUCUUCUGACCAAGACGGCUCGCAAGAAUGCGACAAAGCCAGAGGACGAAUCGAUUCCCAGAGAGUUUGUCUACUCACACCCGUCGGUCUCCAAACUCGCAGCUGCGGUUCGUGGGCAAGGCAAUGCGGGCGACGUGGAUUUGAUCAACAAGUACGUGGGCGAGUACAAGCCGUCUAGAGGGUCUGGUGGAUCGGUUGUGCUGCUCACUGGCAGCACUGGCAGCCUGGGAUCCCACAUCGUGGCUGAUCUGGUCGAGGACCCUACCGUCAGCCAAGUCAUCUGCUUGAUUCGACCUAGAGAAGGCGACGAGACUCCUUUGGACAGGCAGUUCAGUGCUCUCAGCUCCAAGCACCUCGAUAUCUCAGGGGAGAAUCUAUCAAAGAUCCGAGCAUACGCAACCAAUACGUCGUCAUACCAUUUGGGUCUUCAAGAAGAUGAUUACGCUUUCAUCCGUGACUCGGUAACGCACAUCAUUCACAACGCCUGGCCGAUGGACUUCAAUCGACAGCUUCCUUCUUUCGAGAGUCAAUUCAUGGCGCUGGACAACCUCAUCUGGUUAUCUCGUUCAGCAUUCUCUCGACGACCUUCGACGCGACAGACAUUCGUCUUCAUCUCUUCGAUCGCAACAGUGGGCAAUUAUCCUGACCUGUCUGGUGAGCAGAUCGUUCGCGAAAUUCCAAUGGAGAACAACGACGCUGUCGACGAUUUUGGGUAUGCGCGUGCCAAACUGGUGUGCGAGCGCAUUGUGGAGGACCUCGCCGCCAAUGCGAGCAACGAGGUGGAUGCCAAGUAUGUCCGUGUAGGACAGAUGACUGGAGCACAAACGAGUGGACUGUGGAAUACAACCGAGCACUUCCCAUCCUUGGCCAAAUCGUCUAAGUUCGUGGGGGCCUUGCCACAGCUCAAGGGGACUCUCUCAUGGCUCCCCGUCGACCUUGCCGCCGCUACUGUGACGGACAUCACCUUCUCCGGCCCUGGAGCAUCUAACAUCUUCCACGUCGAAAAUCCCAUCCGACAGUCUUGGCGGGAUGUGCUCUCAACUCUGGCGCCGGCAAUUGGUCUCGCCCCUGAUGCACAAGUUCCGUACUCAGAGUGGCUGGACCGCAUCAGGGCCGUCUCAGAUGAUCGCAUGGGCGACAAUCCGGCGAAAAAGCUUCUCGCUUUCUUCGAGGGUGACUUCGAGCACAUGAGCGGCGGCGACGUCAUCAUGGACACCGCUGAAACUCGAAGGGUGAGCAAGACAUUGCGGCAGACGGGGGGCGUGGAUGAGAACUUGAUCUCCAAAUAUGUCGACAUGUGGAAGCAUCUUGGGUUCUUGCAGUAA